AUGUCUUCACAUCAAAUGCAGUGCAAGCAACCAACUACCCUCCCACCUGGCCUGAGCAAAACUAUUUCAAAGCAAAGCCAAGAGCCUGCGCCAUGCGUUGAACCGGUGCCAUGUCCUCCACAGCAGCAACCUGAAAUCCAGAUCCCAGUGCCAUGCCCAGAACCAGUCCCCAUAGUAGUGGUGCCAGGCCAGGAAAAAACAGCACCACUGGUGGAACCAGACCAAGGAAAAACACCAGUUGUUGUGAUACCUGAGUGUCCACUGCAGGAACAGCAGCAGCAACAGCAAUGCAAGCUACCACCAACUCUUCCUCCUGUCCCAUGCCCUCCAGAGAAACUACCAUGUAAAGAGCUGCCAGAGCCGACCCCUGUUCCCUGCCCUGAACCCAUACCUUGUCCCCAGGAGAAGCAGCAGUGCAAGGAGAUCCCUGUGCCAAUCCCUGUUCCCUGCCCUGAACCCAUACCUUGUCCCCAGGAGAAGCAGCAGUGCAAGGAGAUCCCUGUGCCAAUCCCUGUUCCCUGCCCUGAACCCGUACCUUGUCCCCAGGAGAAGCAGCAGUGCAAGGAGAUCCCUGUGCCAAUCCCUGUUCCCUGCCCUGAACCCAUACCUUGUCCCCAGAAGCAGGAAUGCACGGAGAUCCCUGUGCCGGUCCCCAUUUCUUACCCAGAACCAAUUCCAUGCUCUCUGGAGAAGCAGGAAUGCAAGGAGAUCCCUGUGCCGAUCCCUGUUCCCUGCCCCGAUCCUGCACCGUGCCCUCUGGAGAAGCAGCAGUGCAAGGAGAUCCCUGUGCCGAGCCCUGUUCCCUGCCCCGAUCCUGCACCGUGCCCUCUGGAGAAGCAGCAGUGCAAGGAGAUCCCUGUGCCGAGCCCUGUUCCCUGCCCCGAUCCUGCACCGUGCCCUCCGGAGAAGCAGCAGUGCAAGGAGAUCCCUGUGCCGAGCCCUGUUCCCUGCCCCGAUCCUGCACCGUGCCCUCUGGAGAAGCAGCAGUGCAAGGAGAUCCCUGUGCCGAGCCCUGUUCCCUGCUCCGAGCUGGAGCAGUGCUCCCUCUCGGAGAAGUGUCCGCCUACGGAACAGCAGCAAGUGAAGCAGCCCAUCCAGUGGCCACCGGCGCAGAAGUAA